GACAUGUGAAUUGUGGUUAAAUCCGGAACUUUUGAGCGAUCACGGCGUUGAUGAGGUUAUAAGUGGAGAUUUUGCACAUAGAGUCAUAAUGAGUCCGAUUAUCUGCACCAUCUCUUCUCCCCAACCUCGAACAUCCAGCCCUCGAGGACAUGGGACUCGCGAAAUAAACAUGGCAUCAUCCAUCUCGACCACGUCGCAUGUUCCCGAGGGCCUGAUCGCCCUGUUGGAGUCGUAUUUGCCCAACUCGCUGCCCCUCCUGCGGCGGUUGCAGUUCGCGCAGCACGAGGGACGCAUCACGCCCACAGCCCGCAUCAUCUUCAUACACAAUGGUCCACCGAAACAGCCCCAGUACUUGGCUGCUGCGUACGUCGACCUCGCGGGUGGACCGGAAACGCAGAUGUGGCUCUUUUCGACCCUCGAGGUCCAGCCUGCGGCUGUCGACGUCCACGCUGCGCAGCUGCAAGCUCUCGUGGGGGAGAUGAUUGAGAUGAAGAGGUCCUAUGGCAAGAAGCUGUGGCACGAGGAGGGUGUGCUGUUGGGCACGUGCGAAACGGGCGUCAGGAGGGUAUUGACGGGCAUGAAGAGGUUGAGGACCAGGGAGACGGGGUUCUAUGACAAGUGGCUCUUUCAACAGCAGAAUCUACCGACGCAGAGGGACAUUCUAGGGGCGAAGGGAGCGGAGAGGAGGGAAGAUGGACUGGAAGAGGGGAUGAGGUGGGAUGUCGCGAGUCUGGAGGACUGCGAGAUUGUGGUGACUCGCACAGAUAUCCCACGGACAGCGCCCAUGCUGGCCACGCUGCCGAGUCUGGUGAUCCGUCUGGAUGAUGGGAGGCCGAUUGCGUGGGCCUUUCUUGGGCACGACGGGUCGUUGAUCAGCCUUCAUUGCGAGGACUUCCGCAGAAGAGGCUUGGCCAAGCUGCUGGCUGCGAGGCUGAUGAGACAGGGUCCGGGUGAUUUCGUUCGCGACGGAUGGUGCUCGGCAGACGUGUCAGCCUCGAAUGAGGGAAGCAGAGCUAUGUGUAGGAGUCUUGGAGGGAGGCCUGACUGGGAGGUUUCCUGGGUCUACAUUGACGUUACAGAAGAUGGUGUUACUGAAAAUGGCUAUUGAUAAAACCUAGCCAGAUACAAAAACGGGUCUAAAAUAGAACAGCAAGACAAGACUGUGAACUUGAUUCUUACAACUUGCACUGAAGCCAAAUGAUGAGGUUUCAGUCUAGGGUAAGCGAAUGCACGACGCCGGACGUGACCUCCGGCUGCGACGGGUUGAAAGCUCCUCGAUCAUCGAUGUCACUCC